AUUUCGAGCACCAUCACGGAACACACCUGUGUUCUCGACACGAAGCAGUUUUAUUUGCUUUACCCUCUAGGCAAGUAAUGUGCUUCAGGAGUGAAGAUAGGUCUAUAAGACAUCACUUAGAAACAGAAUCCUUUUUCACUGUUAAUGUGACAUUUGAGUGAAAAAAGUAAAACUCCAAGUAUAAAAGAUCAUAAGUACUUGCCCCUGACGCGGUAGGAAGGUCGCUACAAGGAAACCAUGAUAUUACAAAAUCAUCACCGGAUCAUCAGGUCUAGUGGUGUUAGCUCCGUCAACAUACUCCUAAGCUUUCUCAUUGGCUUUGUUGUUGCCCAGGUUGAAGGAAUCCUCACUGAAGGUGGACCACACGUAGACCUUCCCCUUCAGAGCAGCGGUCUGGUGGCGCCUUGUGGUUCGACCAACGCUGUGACAAUGAAUACAGCGUUCGUCAUUAUCAGUCCAGGUUAUCCUGCAUCCUACCAUCCCUACACUUAUUGCAGAUGGACUUUCUACAGCACGAGUAGUCCCAGUGGCAAGUUACUGGUUCAGUGUCCCUUGUUCGAGAUUGAGUCGUCGUCACCGUGCUCAGGAGGAGCGUUCCUCGCCGUUCAGACCUUGGACGAUGAGGAGGGAGAGAGAUUUUGUGGUAAAAGUAAACCUCAAGGAAUAACUAGCAGCUCUCUAACAAUACAUUUUUGGGGAGGAUGGCGCCUGAAUUCUGAUAUGAGGGGUGUUUACUGUGUUGUGAUGCCUGCUACCUCCAUCCCCCUACCACCACCUACCGCUUCCUGCCGGUGUGGUCGGCGUGGCACCAACCUUCGUAUCGUGGGGGGGGAGAAUGCCAACCUACAUGAAUGGCCGUGGAUGGCGCUGGUCCUACUUCCCGGAGGGUUCUGUGGCGGGGCGCUUAUCAACGACCGCUUCGUGCUCACCGCCGCGCACUGCAUUGACUCGACUGUGCUACCCAACCACGCCCUGCCCGCGGUGGUCCUCGGGGAACACCAGCGCAGCGUUCUGGACGAGACCCCCUUCACUCAAGUGGUGCAAACAACGCGAGCCAUUCCCCACGAGGGCUACGACGGCUCCGCGGACAACAAAAACAACGAUAUCGGGCUUCUGGAACUCGCCACUCCUGUUAACCUUGCGAGGACUCCAAACAUCGCUCCCAUCUGCCCUCCCUCGGCCAACAGCACGGACACUGCCUCGCGAGUCACGACCAUUGGAUGGGGGUUUACCAGUGCGGCAGGAGAGCAAGCUGAUGUACUGCAGGUGGUGGAGCUGCUGCCAGUGCCCCUUGAAAAGUGUCGCCAGCAGUAUGAAGAGGGCGUCAUCACCGAGAACAUGAUUUGUGCCGCAGACAACAACAAGGACUCCUGCUUCGAUGACAGCGGCGGGCCGCUUAUGACAGAGGUGAACGGCCACUGGGAAAUUAUUGGUAUUGUCUCCUUCGGCCCUACGGUUUGUGCUCAACCAGAUGUGUCUGGCGUCUACACAAGGGUUGAUAAUUACCUGCCAUGGAUCUCCUCCAAAAUUGGCCGCCCUCGGACUUGCCCGCCUGCCUGAAGCCGCCACAUGACUUUUUUUUUCUUAUUACAGACUUUUAAUCGAACCCGAAAGCAGUUGAUAUGUCAAAGAUAAAACUAAAGUCAUUUAACGUUUAUUUCUAACUACUCACAAUUUGCAAUUUUUAUAUUACGAGAGAAAAGUCUAUAGACGAUAAUUUACUCCCAAUGAGAUCUAAUAACACUAGCUCUGUUCUGGACCAGUUCUAGCCUGAACAGUUCUGGUCUGAAUCAGUUCAUGGGAUGCUGUGAACUCAUUAUCAAAGCUAGUUGUAAUUUCGCUUAACGUUUCUCUUUCUGUUUCACAAAUCAAGGGAACAACAAUCACAGCCUGCCCUCUACAGACAACUCUCCUCCUAACACAAAGCUAUGGGCACUUACUAAACACACAAUCUUCACUUGAAAAAAAAAUGGGACUCCCAACCCAGCCUCUGAGUUCCUUUUUAGGGAGGGGACCAUGACUAUCCACAGGUCGGACUGCUUUCUCCUUUACGACCUAAAAUGUCAUGACACCUCCCUCAAAAUUUUCUUCAUUAACUACUGUAAUAUUCGCGGUCUUAGAUCUAAUCUUCAUUCUGUAGAACACUACCUCUCCUUUAUUAAACCUCACCUUCUUUUCCUCACCGAAGCACAGCUGUCUGAGGCAACUGACAGUAGCACUUUUACUGUUCCCUCCUACUUUCUGUAUUCUCAUUUUCGUUCCAAAGUUGGAUGUUGCAUCUGUGUGGGCAACGACUUGAUUUGAUCUCGUACCCACGCUCUUUCAGCUAUGACUAUCGACUUCUUCAUGCUGACGUUUGCCUACAUUAAGCCUAUUCCUAAACAGGGUGGCCAUUCUAAUCUCUCAAACUACCGUCCUAUAGCUUUAAUCUCUUGUUUGUCUUAGUUUUUUUUUUUCUUUUAAUCUUACUUCAAUAGGAAGAUUCUCAAACAUCUGUCACUUCACAAUCUUCUAUCUCAGUGGUUCCCAAACUGGGGGUAAAUUACCCCCUGGGGGUAAUUCAACCAUUUUCGGGGGGUAAUGGAGGGGUGACAGUAAAAAGUUAUGAAUUCUGAAAAUCAAGAAAACAAUGCGGUACCCGGUAUUAGGAUUAUUGUUAACUUUGUCUUAGUAUAUAAAGUUGUAAAGUAAACCUCCACUCUUCAUUGGAUCAUUCAUCCCUUCUCUGUACCUGAUGAUGCCAUUCAUGAUGAUGAUUUCCCUGCAAAGGAGGAGUGGAUUACAAUGCGAGCCAAUGAAGCCUUGAAAAUCGAAUUCCAAAACCAAAAUGCAGAUUCCUUUUGGAUUUCACGACUAGCUGACUCGCCAACUCUGUCCAAGAGAGCCUUGCAUUUGUUGGUAUCAUUCUCAACAACGUAUCUGUGCGAGAAGGGGUUCUCAACUGUGCUGGGUGUGAAAACAAAAAAGAGGACUCGCUUCAAUGUUGCAAACGAUGCCAGGCUGGCACUUUCAACCACGAAGCCAAGAAUUCCUAAACUAGCUUCAAGUAUGCAACUCCAUCCAUCCCACUGAUGUUCUUGACAUCUUUGGUAAUAGUCAUUAGAGAUGCACAAUGUUCAAAUACAAUAAAUAAAAGAAAAUA